AUGUCCGCCUUCGCAGAUGGGACGGCAGGCCAACGCGCUCGUGGUGGCGGAAAGCGCAACGGCGGCAGGGCUGCCGCGGCCAAGGGCGGUCCCUCGGGCAGGCAGUCGCAGGAUGCGGAUGGAGGCGACGAGGGGGAUCAUGCCGAGCCGGAAGCUCGUGGUGGCGGAAAGCGCACCGGCGGCAGGGCUGCCGCGACCAAGGGCGGUCCCUCGGACUCGCAGGAUGCGGAUGGUGGCGACGAGAAGGAUCAUGCCGAGCCGGAAGCUACUGGUGGCGGCAUACGCAACGGUGGCAGGGCUGCCGCGGCUAAGGGCGGUCCCACGGGCAGGCAGUCGGAGGAUGCAGAUGGUGGCGACGAGGGGGAUCAUGCCAAGCAGGAAGCUCGCGGUGGCGGCAUGCGCAACGGCGGUAGGGCUGCCGCGGCCAAGGCCGGUCCCUCGGGCUCACAGGAUGCGGAUGGUGGCGACGAUAAGGAUCAUGCCGAGCCGGAAGCUCGUGGUGGCAGCAUGCGCAACGGCGGCAGGGCUGCCGCGGCUAAGGGCGGUCCCUCGGGCAGGCAGACGCAGGAUGCGGAUGGUGGCGACGAGAAGGAUCAUGCCGUGCCUGCAUGCCGUGGCGUUAACGAUCAUGAUGAGGACGAGCCAGCAGCUGUGACUGAUGGGAAAGGUGGACGUGAAGCUGUGAUUCCCUACCAACGGCGCAAGGCUGUGGAUCCGGGCAGUUGCGACCAUAAGGCGAGACAAGCUCGGCGCGGCCCCAAUGUGCACGUUUUGAGCUCGUCUGGUUCCAAGGAAGAUUCGAGCGACAGUGAGUCGGGCAGCUCAUCCGGGAGUGAGGAGGUAUACGAGGACGAGGUUGAGGAGGAGGAGGAGGAGGAUGAUGAGGAGUUGGAGCCGGAGAGCGAGGAUGGGGAGGAGGCUCGGCCUUUGCAGAGGAGGAGUGUGAGGAAGCUCAAAAAGGGCAACGCUAAGCAAAAGUCGGAGAGGGGACGGGUAAAGAUCUGUAAACAGAGUGUGCGUCGUGCCAAACCACAAGGCAAGCGCCAGAGACCUCGAUUCGAAGCUAAAAUAGUGGGUGUGCGUAGCAAGGCGAAGCGGGAGUUGAAUUUUUACGAAUCAAUGGGGAGACGAUGUCCAUCAAGCUCUCAUGAACGGCAAGCCGCGGACCCGUACGCUGCGUUACGCGAUCCGAGGGGUUCGGCUGGGAAGGGAGAUCAGAUGGCUUGGGGGUCAGCGCGGUUUGGCAAAGAAGCAACGGACCCGCCCCCCAACCAUAUGGGGGGUCGCGCGGUUCAUGUGAAGAACGAGGGGGCAACAAAGCGGCACGAACCCUCGGUAGCUGCAGCAGCGAAUGACGGUCUGGGAGGUGUGUGGGCGAAUGCCUUGGGUGAAUGUGGCGGCGGUGUGGAAGGCUCCAUGUGGGAUAUACGGGAGAGCAGGGGAGAAGGGGGGGACGAGAAAAUGGAUCCAGCGACUAAGGAGGGGAGGGGAGAGAGCAUGGGCACACCUGGCGCAUCCAGUCGGCCGGAUGUGGCUGGCGGCAGGACUGUGGAGCAGCUCAUGCGAGAGCUUGCCCAGCGGGAUCGCGAAAUCGCUGCACUCAAGGCAAGGCCAGGAUCAAAAGGAGCUGUCAAGCCCUGCACCCCUCCAUCUAGGCCUCCUCCUCUAGCAUCUCUGUCGAGCGGCCCAUCUAUAGGGGGCCUCGAUCCAGACGUGGCGCCAGAAAGCCCAGCGACGGUAGACGUAGCGGUCCGUCGAACGCGUGGGAUGCCCACACCCAAGCUGCUGAAGCCCCUGUUCAUGAUGCUGGGGGUGGUGUGGGUGUCAUGCGGCGGAGGGAAUAGAGGAAGCCGUAUCCGUCAAUCCCACGCGGCCCCCUUUCUGUCCGCCGCUCCUCCCUCCCCUCUCUAUCCCGUCCCUCUCCCUCGUCGUCCAGAGCCACUAGCUCCUGUGCAUGGUGCUGGUGGUGGGGUGGGUGUCAUGUGGCGGAGUGAUCAGCCCAUGUUCAUGGUGCUGUUGUUGCUCUCCUCUUCCCUCCCGCCAUCCCGUUCUCUCCCUCCCUCCAUUUCUCUUCAGCCCUCCCCUUCUCUCCCGCCCUCCAUGUCUCUCCUGCCCUCCCCCUCUCCCCUGCCCUCCCCUUCUCUCCCGCCCUUCCCUGCUCUACUGCCCUCUAGCCAACCCUCCAUUCAUUCUAUACCGCCCUCCACUUCGUCCAUACCCUUUGGACAAACCCUAACCAUGUCGUGCAUGAUCUUCGUCCCCGCCUUGUCCUGCGUGCGCGCAGGAGGGAAUCAGCGGGGCUUGGCAAAGGUUAAGAAGGCCGACUGGAACGUCUCAAACUCCCACCGCAAGAACACCGAGUGGAUGACGGGUUUGCACCGAAAUGUGCGGUGGAUUAUCAAGGACCACUUCACACGCCACACCCCCGUGUACAACACAGUCGUGCAGGGCUUCAAGUGGGGCGACCGUGGCCUGUAUGUUCACGAGUCAGGAUUUGAGGCGUUCAAGGGGAAGGCCGUGCCUGACGAGGAGAAGAAGGACUUGAAGGAGGAAGAGCAGGAGGUGUACGACGCGGAGGACUUGAAGACGGAUGACGAGGAGGAUGACGAGGAUCAGGAGGAGGAGGAGGAGGAGGAGGAGGAGGAGGAGGAGGAGGAGGAGGAGGAGGAGGAGGAGGAGGAGGAGGAGGAGGAGGAGGAUGAGGAGGAGGAGGAACAUGACGUGCAGGGCGUGAAAACCAUUCCCGCGCGCAUUGCGCAACUCGACCACAUGACGUCUCUGAGCAUCACAUUCAGCGAUGUGCGCAGCGCCUUUCCACCCGCCAUCCUCGCCAUGCCCACCCUCAAGCACCUCGACCUGAGCUACAACAUGCUGAUGGGGAGCAUGCCCGCCACGCUCAGUGCCCUCAAGGACCUCACUGCUCUGCACGUGAACAUGAAUCGCCUGCAAGGACUGCCCACCGUGCUCACCACCUUCACUGCCCUCAAGCGCCUGCAAGCCGUGUGGGCCACGGGCACGGGGAGGGCAUGCAGGAACUUGGACUACAGCCGCAUCGAUGGGUCUCUACCGUCGGAGCUGUCCCGGCUGAAGAAGCUUACCGAGUGGUCCUUUGACCGCAGCUACUUCAAUGGCACCAUCCCAGCAUCCAUUGGCAAUCUCAGUAACCUCACCCUCCUGUGA